CGAGCUAUUUCGCUUUAGUUUUAUUUCUAUCCUCUUACCUGGAGGUAAGAAAUCAAUAGAGUUUUGAAAUAAACUGCAAACCAAUGUCGUCGUACAUUUCGCGCAUACUUAAGGCGCCGUCCGCCUCUAAGCGCCUCAUCUCGAACUUGAUCCAGCGCGAGGGGAAGCUUAACUCCUUACUGCAUCGCCUAGGAUUGCAGCGCCAGGGAGGAGUAAAAGCUGCCCCCGGACCGCGUCCCAUAUCCACAACUCAGGUGCAAAAGUCUGCGCUGAUUGAGGACGAGGAACUGGCCACCGGCAUUCAGAAGCGCGAGAUGCUGUUGGCCAAACAGGGCUGCGAAGAUCCCUGGGGAUUUACCAAGAUCAUUAGGCGUGGGACGGGGAGGGAGAACGAUCCCACAGUCGUGCCAUCAGCAUUCGAUGCCCGCCUUGUGGGCUGCUUGUGCCUAGACGACCGCUUGCCCAAGUGGAUGUGGAUCGAGAAGGACGAGGGACCGAAGCGGUGCGAGUGCGGCCACUUUUUCGUGCUGAAGAACGUGCCACCCGUCUAGAUCGACAACAGAGCGCUGUACACGCACACUACAUACACACACUAGACAUGAUCCUUGCCGGGCAUUAAACACUGCAUGAUAUUAUCAAAA